CGGCGAGCUUCGUGGCGUGUGUUUGUCGCUCCGACUUCAAGUUUUUAAACUCGAACCACAUCCAAACGAAGAAGAACACGAAAUCGUAGAGAAGAAUCUUCACUCUUCUCUUCUUUUUUUUUUAUUAUAACGUGUCUAUCCUUUUCUCUUUCUCUCGUACCGUUGGAUUACUCGGUUUUUUUGGGUUCCUUUCGUUUAGAAGGGUAUAUCCUUUAUACGAAUUCUCUCUCAAAUAUUUUUCUACUCUGUGUUAUUUUUUUUUUUUAUCUGUUGGAGAAUUUCACCUUUUUUUCGUUGUUGUUUUUUAUCGUUGGCUUUCUCUCGAGAAGCGCGAAAAAUCGUCCGUGGAACUUGUGUGGUUCGGUUCUUGGCAAAAGUUUUUCACGGUAAGAGUGGACGGUAAAGAGGAGAAGGAGGUGAGGAAGAAGUAGUAGAGGAAGAAGAAGUAGAAUAAUAAAAAAAAAAAAGUAGAAAAACCACGUGACCAGAGAGUCGAAGAACAACGUGAACGAAUCCUCAGAGAGAAAGAGAGAGUUAGAUAGAGAGAGAGAGAGAGAGAGAGAGAGAGAGAGCUUCGUAUUCUUCGAACGACGAGAAGGGCUUACCCUCUUGUGCAAGAAAGAUUAGAGGGAAGGAAAGUUACUGUGCGAUCAAACUAAAAAAACAAAGAGAGAUUAUUUAGUUAGAUACGAUCGUGUUAAAAAAAAAAAAAAAGAAAAAAAAACUAAAGCAAAUAAAUUAUCGUUAAAUUAUCGGUGGAAAAACUCGAACUAGGUGUACGGUGAAUUAGUUUGGUUGUUUAUUGUUGCUGCUGGUUGAUUGGUUUGUUGGUUUACGUGGGUGUUUAUUUGGAAAAGAUAAAAAUAAAAAAAAAUAAAAAUAAAUAAAAAACAACAGUGGGGUGUUGCAGGAUGACGUUGGAAAAGUAUAACGGAGUAGACAGCAGUGAUAUUAGUGACACGAUUAUCAUCGAUUAUCUGUGAUUGUGAGAUAAAAUAAAAUCUAUACUAAUGCAUAAUAAUAGAAAGGAUUAAUAUCAAAAGGAAGGAUAUAUGACACAUACGUUUAGAUAAACAUAAGCUUUUUAUCUUUCAUCUUUUUAUUAAGUGUGUUUGUGCGCGUGUGUGUUUGUGUCCUUUUUUUUAUUUUCCUUUUCUUCUUUUUCAUAAAUAUUAUUAUUAUAAUAUUAAAGAGGAAGGAUUAUAUUACAUCAUACGAGAGACGUUGAUUUUUACAAAGAAAAAAGAAGAAAAAACAAGUUCAUUUUAACGAAUAAUCGUUGAUAUCAAAGUUUGGAAGAGAGAUAAAUCGAAAUGGGAGUGGUACUGAUGCUGCUGCUGUUGCUGGUGCGCGGAUUCAUUCGAGGUUAACCGAUCACCCUUUACCUUCUCGCGCCUGACUGCUACUCUCGAGUGACCCUAUCUCGAAGGGUAAUUAGUCGUUAGAGGUGUAGAGAAGGAUUGUUAUAUAUAUAUUAUAUAUAUUAUAUAUAUAAUAUAUAUACUAUAGUUUUACAUCGUCACAUGUCUUUAUUCACCGUCAUGCUGACCACCACGUUGUUGUUGUUACUCUUCCUCCUGCAUGGACCAACACUCGUCCGUACGGAUAACUUGGCACUUUUGUCAAGCACCCUGAAGACCUAUCAACGUGCAUCCUGUGACGAGGAAACUAUGACAUUAAAAUGUCCACCAGGUACAACGGUAUCAGUCGCACUUGCACGUUAUGGGAGAGUUGCUGGAAGUGGACCAUUAAGAUGUGGAAUAUCUUCCUCCGAUCUUUCAUCAAAUUUUGUCAUCGAUCGUAAUCAACAAAGCAACGAUACGUGUUUGUUAUCUACUUUACAGUACUCACUGUUGCAGACUGUCGUCGAGAUGUGUCGGAAUAAGAGGCAGUGUAAAUUCAACACGAGUCCGAAGACCUUCGAAGAGGAUCCAUGUCCUGGUCUUCCAAAGUACGUCGAGGUCGCUUACAAGUGCAGUCCUUACGAAUUCAGGAGGAAGGUGGUUUGCGAAAACGACGUUGUUAAUCUCACCUGUCACCCUGGACAGAGAGUGGCCAUUUUACGUGCGUCCUUUGGUAAACCGGAGUACGAGUCCUUUCAGUGUCCGCAACCUCACGGACUGAAAAACGAUACUUGUACAGCGACUUAUGCUACUGAGACUGUAAUACAAAUGUGCCAUGGAAAACGACAUUGUUCCAUCGUGGCAAACAGCACUACGUUUAACGACCCAUGCAGACCGGAAAUCAAGACGUAUUUCGAAGUCGUAUAUACUUGUGUACAACGUUGGAUCUUAAGGGAACAAUAUCAAAGCGAUUUAGAAGCGGACGAGAUGAAUUUGACUCACAGAAUCGACGAAGGUUUCGACAGGGUAGAUUUCAGAGCUGAAUUCAGUCCAAGUCCAAAUCUCGAAGGGCCACAACCUCAGCCAAGGGACAACGUCUCGAGAAAUUUCCCUACUGUCAGUUCAUCUCCACCACGUGCUAGGACCAACAAUGAUGUGGAGAACACGUUGAACAAAUUAAGCUCGAUCGGUAAAGAAGGAAAAAUAACCAAAGAAAAUGGCAUGUCCUCCUUAUCAGCCGUGGUAACCACGGGAAUGAUUUUUGGCAACAACAAGGGUGGUAAUAGUAGUGCCCUACCUACGACGGUAUCACCGUCAAACUGUACUACAGUCGUCUAUGCAGUUCCCGAUGAGGAUCGUAUGGUUGUUGGAUAUCUCAAUGAAUGGAUCAAUGCCUACUCAUUCAUAUCAAACAAUCAAGAAAAAUUUUAUCUCUACAUCAUCGUGUCCGUAUCCGGUGGUGUACUCGUAUUUUUGGGCUUGGUGAUUGGCAAACUUCUGUUGAGUCGACAUCGUGCUAAACGUGACGCAAAGUUUCACGCAAACAACGAUGCACUACCAAACGCAUUUACCGACAACAUCUCCGAGGUCGAUGCAAACAUCGAUCUAACCACACCAGUUCCUGUCCCGAUGCAGGACACCAGAAUACCUGAAACACAAUUAGCAGAAAGACUUCACGGUAGCGAACGAUAUUACACAGACACUAGGAUACCAUUGUCGCCUAACAGCAUUCACACGGCGCCAAUUCAUCAUGCAACUGGCACGACAACGACGAUGACGACGGGUGUCAGGGUUGAUCUGGGUAACCACAUGGUUGGCACGGACAAUCUUCAUACGAUUUUACGCACGGAAAAUCCACCACGAAGCCUCAAUACCAAAAGCUAUUACUAUGGCUGACACGAGGAAGGGGUUGUCCCUCGUGAGGGACGACCCCCAUCAUUGAGUCCCGUUCCGGAAGUUAGCAUGAGAAAUUAUUGCUUUUAAAUUGAAUACUGCCACAAUUCAUUUAUUAUAUAUUAUAUUUCUUCACAUACUACUACACCAACCACUAUCACUAAACGAUUCAAAUAAUUUUCACAUACACCAUAUGACUUGCAUAAAAAUACAUACACAUACAUACAUAUAUAUAUAUAUAUAUAUAUAAAAGGUGUACGAAACGUACAUUAUUAAUUUACUAUGACAAAACCCGCUGUAAACACGUCGUCAAAGUAUUUGAAAAUUUAGCAACAUUUUUCCACCCUUCGCAAAUUUGUCCAUAUUUUAGCCCAUUUUUCUUUUUUUUAUUUCUUCCCUUUAUUCAUCUUUUUACCGGGUUUCUUUUUCUUUAUCUUUUUUCGUUAUCAACCACCGAAAGAACGAAGCUUAUGUUAGGGAGAUCUUCAGUGGAAGAAUCGUUUGAAUAAAAAGUAUGAAGAAGAAAACGUAUCAAUGCGUAUAUAUCCCUGGAGUAUCGAAACGAAAAGAUGGGAAAAAUCGAUAAAAGUCGUUUCACCUUCUUCUUCUUCUUCUUCUUCUUCCUUGAGUAACACACAUACAAACACAACUUUACUUCUGUACCUUUAAAUGGAACUCGAUUUAUACGAAUACGCUUUAAAAUGAUAUAUCUUGUCACCAAAGAAAAAGAAUUCAAAGAAAAAAGGGAAUUUUUUUAAAAUGUUUAAACAAUCAAAUAUUUACACUUAUAACAAUUUACCAACCCCCUCAAACAAACCACACAUACAAAUAUAUAAUAUCGUUAGAGGAGACUUCAUUGAAAACUAAGUUUUAUUCUUUUGCUAAAACUUUUUACAAACCAAGUUCCAUUCUUUUGUUAAAAUUUUGUUAGUAAAUUGUUUGUACAUCUUGUUUGUUAUACUAUUCGACGUGUUUUACAGCGAAUUUUGUUUCAACUGACUUUAGACAUCAUUGUUUUCUCAUUUAUAUUAACAUUUCGCUCAGUUUUAAAUCGUUGCAGCGAUAAGAAUAAAAAAAAAAAAAAAAGAAGGAAAAGAAAAGAAAAGCAAAGAAAACUUUUAUAAUAGUUAACAAAAAAAAUUAAUUGUAAUAUGUAUAUCAACAUUUGUAAAUACGAUCGUGUAAUUUACACAAUUUAUCUCAUAAGAUAAAACGGGAAAAGUGUGUUUAAGUGUUUUCAAAUCGGACGGACCAUAGUUACAAAAAUAUUAUUAUAUUUCUCCGUACCAUCGAAUAAUUAAAAAAAAAA